ACGUAUAUAUAUAUAACCAUGCAAUUACAAACCCUGCCCUCACAGGAGAUAGGGAUGCCGAUCCCUAAUAUCCCACACGCUGUGUCGGUAACGUUACCCACUUGGGAAGCAACCGUGGGGUACGAAGAAGGCGAGGACUGGGUGGUGAGCAAGAUGCGCUCGGGAUACCCUCGGUUCUUUAUUCAUCCUAUAAUCCAAGACCUUUCCAAGCGAGUCGAGCACAAGUACGGGAGGGAUGGUGAGCGAUGCAUGAUUUUCCCCAGUUACAAAGUGGCUAAGAGAUGUCGAGAAUUCAUCCAAUCCAAGGCGAAAACUAAUGCCAGCCGGAGAGUGUUGCAGUUGAGCACACCUGCCCCGGCUCUGGAAGACGACAAGUCGACCGUUAUUGCUGCCACUAUUGGGGUCGUGUUUUUCCCAGCAUCAGAGUAUCCCCUUGCAAAGAAUUACUGGCAGCAUUCCGGCGAAGGUAUAAGUUCCAGAAUGGGGGAAUAUGUGUUGAAAGAGUUGUUUGAGAAGGAACCGGUGUCGAAUGGACGUACUGGUAAUAUGAAACUGGAGUUGCAGUCGCAAAAGAUCCAACUGAGAUCGCCAUCGAUCAGUGCUGCUCGUGGUGGUUCGCAAUCUAACAGUAGCAACAAUGGCAGUGCUGAAGUGGACAAGGAGUUCAGCACAUUCAUUGAACAAAAGUAUGGUCGUGUGCUCGAUUUGAAGUUCACUCAGGGUGCCAAAAUGGCAUUGAGACGAAGAAUUUGUGGGAAAGUUGACAAGUCCAAGAAUCAAAUUGAAGAAAUGGAAAAGGCUCGCAGAGGUAAACAUCUUGGAGAAACCGAUGUGUACUUGUUCCCAUCCGGGAUGGCAUCAAUCUUCUUUGCCCAUUUUUCAUUAUUGCAAACCAGUAAAGGUGAACCAAAGAAAUCGGUAUGUUUUGGGUUCCCUUAUGUCGACACCUUGAAUAUUUUAAAGAAGUUUGGUCCAGGAGUGUAUUUCUACGGAUUAGGUGAUGAUGAUUCAUUAGAUGAGUUAGAGCAAGGGUUGGAAUCUGGAGCCAUUGAUAUCAUGGCCCUCUUUUGUGAAUGUCCUUCCAAUCCAUUACUUAAAACCCCUAACUUGGCCAGAAUCAGGGCAUUGGCUGACAAGUACAAUUUCGCUGUGGUCAUUGAUGAAACCGUAGGUAACUUUUUAAACAUCAGUGUUUUGCCAUACGCCGAUAUAGUAUGUUCGUCAUUGACCAAGGUAUUCUCGGGUGAUUCCAACGUGUUGGCUGGGUCGUUGAUUUUGAACCCACUUUCGUCAUACUACCCCACCCUUAAGAAAUUCUUUAACGAAGAGUACGAAGAUUUAUUCUGGGCUGAGGAUGCAUUAUGGUUGGAAAGAAACUCGCGUGAUUUCGCUGAGCGUGUUCACAAGAUAGACAAUACGGCCGAGCAAGUGGUUGACUUGUUAAAUAACAAUGAUUUGAUCUCCAAAGUGUAUUAUCCUUCCUUGAGCGCAUCGCGUAAAUACUAUGAUGUCAUCAAAAACGUCAAUGGUGGGUAUGGGGGAUUGAUUUCAUUCUUGUUUAAGGAUCCCGAACAUGCCGUCAAGUUCUUCAAUGUGGUGAACCUUCACAAGGGACCAAGUUUGGGAACAAACUUCACCUUGGCUUGUCCAUAUGCUAUCCUUGCCCAUUAUCAGGAAUUGGAAGAGAUUGCCCAGUGGGAAGUUGAUAGAAAUUUAAUCAGAAUCAGUAUUGGAUUGGAAGAUCCUGUGGAAUUAUUAAAAGUGUUGCAAAGCAGUCUACAAGAGUGUGUAUAGAGUAGAGUAAGAUGCAUAUACCAUAUUAAUUUGUAUAGAACUAUCUAUUAUGAUGGACUAGCCCUGGGAACUUCAUGUGUUCGCAUGGCUUGGGUGGAUCACCGGUGGGUGGUUUGUGCUGGACUUCCCCGACAUACCAAUACUUUUCGUGAUUAUCGAAAAAGUACUGCCAAUCGGCCAAAUCUCGUUCCACUUCUUCUUGAUCCAAUUCUCGUAAGUCAUAGGUGUACUCUCCUGGGUUCAUGAAACAACCCGUGACGUAAACUCGCGCAGCAUCCUUGCCGGCCAACUUGUUGUAUGUCCCCCUGGGACCGUAAAUGCUUCGUGAUAUGCUGACAUCGUAGACGCGGCCAUUUAUGCCGAUGUAUAUGGGGAGGCUUGGGUCUGUUCCGUUGUAUAACGCGAGUUGUUCUGUUGUCAAGUUGACAAAGUUGUUUGUGAGUCUAUGUUUCAAAUAGUUGACACUGGUCCAUUUGCCAUUGUAUCCCCAAGUGGUUGUUGAUGUGAACCACCACGAGAAGCAGGCGUUGAAGAGGAGAAUGCCCCCGAGUAUCCUCAAGAUGUCGAUGAAUCCAAAGUGAUUUCGUUCAGCCAUUUGGUGGUGAAUAAAGAAGUAACAGGUGAUGGUAUUGAUCUGAACAAACAAGCAAAACCCAAAAAAAAAUAAAUAUGAAUUUUCUAUAUUAAACUUUACAAUAAAUUACAAAUAAAUAUACACAAGUCUAAUUCUUCAUGAAAAACACUUCAUCGUUCAAUUGGGCCGUGUUGGCGUUGUUAUUACUGAAAUUCAACCGGUCAGCGUCGGCACUCAACAAAUCCGCCCAGAACUCGUCAUUCAACGUCAUGUAGCUCGACUCUAAAUGAUCGGGAUGGGCAAGGUUAUGCAGAAACGAAAGACUGUUGCGUCCCAUAUUGCUGUUGUUCAUAGUUGGGUCAAUAGCACCCGUGGAGACCGAGGGCAUUCUCAGUAAAUCGUGUUGUUGCAGCUCGGACAAUGGCAUCAUUGGCUGGCCCUGGCCGUUGAAUGCUGGGUUUCCUAUGUUGAAUCCUACUCCAGAGUUGAUUCCUCGGAAACUGUAAUGUGAUGGUGAUACCUUGGAAGAGCCAGCAUCGCCACCUGUUCUCAUUGGUUCAGGCUGGGGGAACAAUGGUUGAAGGUGCUGUUGUACUCCAGGUGAGUUCGUGCUUACACCUGCCAUCGGUGUGUUAUCAGCCGAAUUGAACAUGGGAGCUGGCCCGUCCUUUAGCCCUGCUCCUGAAUCAGAAUUAGACCGUUUGUUCUCUUUACCAUUGGAAGAUUCACGACGGACGCUGGCAGCGUAUGACAAAAUGUCAAGCGGCACAGAAGAACCAACCCGUUCUGGCUCGUCAGUUAAUAAUGACUUCCUAUUAGCUUUAGCGUGUGAUUGGUACAUUGAAACCAAUUUCUCCAUUUCAUUAAUUUCAUUUUCAUUAGGCUUGAAGUUCUGUGGCGUCUCUCCACUCUUUCGUAAUAAAUCUUGCACUUCUGUAGCAUAAGUCUGGAUAAACAACUGCAACACUAAUCUUGUCUUUUUCAAAAAGUGAUUGGUUGGGUGCAUUAAAUUGGCCUGCUCCACUAACUUACUGGUUCUUUGGAUGGCUGUGACUGCAUGUCUAGGUACCAAAUCCUUCUCAAUCAACGAAGGUAAUGACAAAAUCAAGUAUCUUAAUCUCAACAACAUCCCU